UUCAAUGACAAACAAAAGACUCGCGACAUUGACAUUUUUUUCUCAGCGGCCAGUGCGCGCGGUGGCUGCAACAUGCAGGUGGGCAUUUUUGCGAGAACAGUCACCCAAAAAGUUUUCACUAAGGAUCCAAAGGGGUAUCAGAAAGCCAACAAUUUGCAAAACAGAGAUCUCGAAGAUGUAUUAAAGGAAUACAUAAUUAAAUGGAAAGAGAACGCAAGCAUCAUGGAUAUCGGCUGCGGCGAUGGAAGUGCCACGACGGGUCUUUGGACCAAAUACAUACCGGAGAAUUUUAUGGUGAUAGUCGGCAGUGACAAAAGUCAGAAUUGUGUAAACUUUGCAAAGACGAAAUAUGAGAGUGAAAGGAUUAAAUUUAUGACGCUUGAUAUAGAAGAUGAUUUACCUAGUGAAUUGCAAGGAUGCUUUGAUCACGUGGUCUCAAACUACACGUUCAUGUGGGUGCAACAACAAGAGAAAGCCUUUUCCAAUAUAUACAAUCUGCUGGCAAAAGACGGCAACUGCUUGAUAAUAUUCCUUGCCACGUGCAACAUAUACGAGAAUUAUAUUAAACUUUCGAGAACUUCCAAAUGGAAUCACUAUCUUAAAGAUGUCAAGACCAAGUUUAUAUCCCCAUACCACGAAUCUCAGGACCCCGAAACCGAAAUUAGAAGUUUGAUGAAGAAAAUUGGCUUCAGAUAUAUUGAUAUUAAAGUGAAGACACGUACCUUUGAAUUUGUAAGCGGUAUAAUAGAAUUAAAAGAAAUGCUGAAAUCUUUCAACCCUUUCAACGGUUUAGAGCACAAAUGGGAAGAUUUCAUGGACGACUACGUGAAACUAGAUCCCAAUGCUGGUACGUUUUUAUACAAGCUGUUAGUUGUUUCAGGGACAAGAUGAG